UAUAAAAUUUCCUUUGCUCUACGAGAAUGCAGAUAAUAAUGUGAGUGACUUGGUUUUUUCAACUGUUCAGAAAGACACAAAAACAGUGAAAAUGAUGUAUCAGAAAAGCACAUUUCCAUUUGGCUACAUCGAGGACCUUAAGUGCCGGGUGCUGGAGCUGCCUUACAAAGGCAGAGACCUCAGCAUGGUCAUCCUGCUGCCAGAUGACAUCGAGGAUGAGGCCAUGGGCCUGAAGAAGAUCGAAGAACAAUUGACCCUGGAAAAACUGCAUGAGUGGACCAAACCUGAGAAUCUGCGUUCCAUUCAAGUCAACGUCCACCUGCCCAGGUUCAAGGUGGAAGAGAGCUACAACCUCAACUCUCACCUGAAAAGCCUGGGUAUAGAGGAUCUCUUUGAUAGCAUGGCUGAUCUGUCUGGCAUGUCAAGAGCCAGAGAUCUUUUUAUAUCAAAAAUUAUCCACAAGUCGUUUGUGGAAGUUAAUGAGGAGGGCACAGAGGCAGCGGCGGCUACCGAAGAAGAAAUUAGAAUGACUUGUGCGCUUAUGCCAAAAACUGAAAAUUUUGUGGCCGACCAUCCAUUCAUUUUUUUCAUUCGACACAAUCCCUCAACUAACAUCCUGUUCUUAGGAAGACUUUCUUCCCCUUAGAAACCCAAGGUCGAGCUCAGAGCUGUCACUGGCCCUUUCAAAAAUAUAUGAAAAUUAUAUAUCUUCUACAAUAAAUCUACCACCCCCCAAAAAAUCUGUAACUUCCUUUCUAAUGUCAGCUCUGUUGGCUGCUUACACCCAUUAACUUUGGCAUAGGUAUCUGUUUUCCUUUCUUUAUAUUGAAAAAUUGAGUGAUUGCUUUUGAAUGCACCAAGCAGAUAUGUAGACUCUUGACAGUGUAGUAAACGAAGAAACUGCUCUACUAUAUUGAAAGCCAUGAGAAAAAUUACAGUACUGUAAUUUGUUUCACAGAUAGAAUUCUGGGAGCUAUGAUAGAGAGAUAGUCAUUGUUGAAGGGAGGCUUAAAAACAGACAUUCAAGUGAAAUAUAGGAGAGCAGCCCAAUUAAGGGUUGGAUUAUGAAGAUAAAUUUGACUUGGCCCAUGUUUCUGACCCUUUGUUUCACAGGAUUAGUAUUCUAUUAUAGUUCCUCUGACUUCAAACAAUUA